CUGGAUCAGCCUCUACCUUUAUCCAUAUCCAAAUGGCUUCUAAUCUAUAUAAAUCUCCUCUCCAUCUUUUCAACGUUCAUAAACUAAGGACCACAAACUAAGAUUUCUACUCAUACAAAGUUCACAUUGACAAAAAUAGCAUUUCCAACAUGUUAGGCUGCGAGGAAAUGAGCAUUCUUGAAAGGCAAAGAGCUAUUUUUGAACGUCUGUACCAGUGUCAACAGCAGCUUUCUUCUUUACCAAAUCAAAAUCUUGCUCAAUUCAACAGUUUAAUUAGUGAACAUAUAAUGGACUGCAGUCAAGUUCAGAAUUUUCCAAUCAAGAUUGAUCCACAAAUGGACGAGAAUUCACAUAGCUUGAAUAUGUUUGGAAGAGAACAAAAAAAUUGGGCAGGCUCUGAUUUUACCGAUAAUUCUCUGGAAUUGGCUCGUCAAUCUUUAUCUACACACUCAAAUUCAUCGAUCACAAGAACUUCAACCAAGAAGAGAAAAACAGAGUUUUAUGAGGAAAAUGAUUGUAAAGCUAGAAAACUUGAAGGAGAAGCAGGGGAAGUGAAGUCAGAGAUCACAGUGAAAAGUGAAAAAGGGAAUUCAGGGAACAAUUCAAAGGAGAAUUCCAAGAUUUCAGAGGUUAAAAAACCUGAUUAUAUUCAUGUCAGAGCACGACGUGGUCAAGCUACUGAUAGCCACAGCUUAGCUGAGAGAGCUAGAAGAGAGAAAAUAAGUAAGAAGAUGAAAUGUUUACAAGAUUUAGUACCAGGUUGCAACAAAGUAAUUGGCAAGGCAGGGAUGCUUGAUGAAAUAAUCAAUUAUGUUCAAUCUCUUCAGAAACAAGUGGAGUUCCUUUCUAUGAAACUUGCUGCUUCUAAUUUGAACACUGAUAACUUAUUUGCAAAGGAGUUUCCAUCUCACAUGGCCAAUUUUGCAAAUCCAACAUGUUUACAAAAUAACCUUUUUCAACAACAACAAGAAGGAAGUAAUAUUGGUGUUGCCACAAUGUUACCACAAAGAAGAGAAGAUUGUUUGAUGUCAUUCCCAGAAGCUUUUCUUGAUUCAUCACAUGUUCCUGCAGUACAGCAGCUACCAAAUUUUGAAAAUGAUCUGCAAUGCCUUUUUGGUAUCCGCUUUUAGUAGUAAAAGAAGACCAAAUUCUUUAUUCAAGGUCCAGGAAUGCCAAAUAGCAAUAUAGUGAAAUGCCUCCUGCAGUACUAUUUCACAACUUUAUGAUUGAGUAUACAAUCGGGAUAUUAUCACUUUUAGUCGUGCCAGAAACUAUUUAUAUAUGGUAGCCGAAAAAGUGUAUAAAUUUUAUAUAAUUUUUGUAUAUAACAUAAAGAA